AUGGCCGUCCCAAGACAGCUCCCAGAAAAGCACAACCCGCUGAUGGUUGAAGACAUCCCUCCUUUUGCUGAUCUCGUUGCGCGUCGACGCCUGGGUCAGACCCAGCUCACAGCAAAGAUGGUCGCAGCAGGUGCGGCCAGCGACGUUGACCCCACCAGCCUGGGUGUUUUCGACUAUGCUCACCUUCGCGCUCCAUUGCCUAAGGGCAUAGUGUCGGGUAUCUUCAAGUUGUCGCCCAACUCGUACUUCUUGAUGCGUCGCAGCCAGGAUGGCUUUGUCUCCGCCACGGGAAUGUUUAAGGCCACGUUUCCCUAUGCGGAAGCCUUUGAGGAGGAGAUCGAACGAAAGUACAUCAAGUCUCUUGCAACCACGAGUCAGGAAGAGACGGCGGGCAACGUUUGGAUUCCUCCUGUGCAGGCGCUUAGUCUCGCCGACGAAUACCGCAUCACGCCCUGGAUUCGCGCUUUACUUGACCCCACCGAGAUAUCCGUCACCAACGCGCCGGACAGCCCGCCCAAGAAGAUUCAAGCUCCUCCGAAAUUCGAUCCCAUCUUUGCCAGCCAGCCCAUCCUAGCCCCUCCAACCCCACCGCCGUCGUCGGUUCCGCGCAGCACCCGCAGUCGCAGGUCGGCAAGCCCCUCCAAGGUUUCUACGCGGAAGCGAGCUAUCGCAUCACCUCGAAAGCGAACAACUAAAGUGACGGCAUCACAAACUACCAUAGCCGAGUCUUCUUCAACAAAGGGGCAGGAGUCGCCCUUGAAUGGCACCAAAUCAGAAGACAAUGCAUCAACGGCUGCCACCGAGGACAUCGAGAUCAAGACCCUGGAAAAAGAGCCGAUGAUCGUCUUCUCAGCAAAUGAAGAGGAGCCAAAGGUGCAGGUCAAGGUUGACCAAGACGUCAAAGUCGAGGACGGUGUUGAGACAACGCAUACUGCCGUAGAAUUGGAACUCCCUUUCGCGAAAAUGCCGUCGAACGAGGAAGCCGCCAAGAUGGUCGAAGAAGCUAGGGAGAUGGUCAAGGCUGCUGCCGACUCCGUAGGAGCAUCUACUCCAUCCAAGAAAGGCAAGCGCAAGGCAGACGAAAUCGCGGUUGGUGAGGACGAAGAGGAGAACGAGGAAAAUGCGUCUUCAGGGGAGCCUAGCGCAAAGAAGGUCAAGACAGAGAUCCAGUUGAAAAAGGAACGCGUCAGGAACCGAGCUCUGAUUGGCAUCAGCGCCACCCUUGCUGUUGGCGCCUUAAUCCCAUAUGUUAUGGCCCUGGGCGUCUUCUAA